AUGUUCGAAAACGGGUACUCGGAGUUCCGACUCGUCAACGACCUCUCCGAAGCCUGCUCCUGCACACAAAGCGCCGGCAGUUCCGGCUCGGUGCAUGGCGCUGAAGCGGAGGGCGGAGACACCGACUCGGAACCCCGACCAUCUCCAAGCACAAUGUCCACCUCGAUGCCCCUUCAACCCCUCUCAAUACAUAGCUUUGGACAGCUGCCCACCUCUACGGCGACCGCGACGAUCGUCUCCCUCGGCGGGCUUUCAGGACAAAAGGGCUUCUCACAAGCCCUCGUAAAACCCGAGCCACAACUCGAGACCGAGACCGAUGGCGUUUGCAGUAGUCUACAAGCCCUGCCCACCCUCAUCAAACAGCUUCAACAUGGACCCGCGUCAGGGGCGGCUGCCUCGGCCGACUCGUCAACAUCAGAUUCCCCAUCACCACGCCGAGAGUCGGAUUCGAAAACCGGCAUCUUGCAUUUGAACCUCGACCACACCGGGUCAACACUACACGAUGAUAGCGAUGUAGCGUUGAACGCGUCGGCUGGAUCAGAUGCGGCCAUCGAAAUGGGCGACAUGGGCGAUGGCGAUCCAUCUUCAAUGGCACCGAAUGAAACAUUGGCAAAUCUCGUCUCGGCCCUCUUCCCAUCCACCUCUCUACCAAAUGGGCCGCACGACUUCGAUCCAAAGCAAUCACGACGAUCGUUGGGUUCCGUAAUUGAGCGUCUACAUUCCAACGGCACCUCCCCAGUGCCAGAUAGUGGAAAAAGGAAGGCACAUUCGGAUUGGGGAUCGCCUGUCGAGGGAAAGUCGUACCGCCAAGAAACGCCGAAGAAAGAUCUACUCGGCGAUUUUGACGACGAAGAACGACGGAAACGGAAUGCCGAAUGGACCUAUAAGGGGGACUGGACGUGUAAGAAGUGCGGCUCGUUGGUGAACCCGAAGCACCGGACAGCCCAAAAACUCCUUCGCCACAUGGUCUCGCACGGGCCGCGGGCGUGGAGCUGCUCGGGGUGCAACAGCAAAUUCGGGCUGCAUACCUCGUUCGUCUCCCACAACAAAUCGGUGCACAACGGCGAGGCGACGCCCGUCAGCUUGAGGACCAGCGAGCUGGAAGACAUCUGGUUUCAGCUGGCGCACGAGUGCUUCCCCGAUUUUGUCGAUCAGGUCCAUUCUUGUAUCAAGAAGACGACACACGUC